AUGUCAAAAAUACCAACAGGUCUGCCUCCUCAGAAGAAAACUGGACGUAAAGUUGAAGAUGAUAAAGACGACGUACCAAGAAAGAAUGUUGUAUCUAAACCAGUCAAAGGCUUCUCCACACGACACAGUGUUGAGGCCGAACUGAAGGAGCAAAACCAAAACCUGCGAGCGACGAAUGAGGAGCUGCAAAAACACAUCACACACACACAACACACAGUGACAGAACUCCAGCAGCAGAACAACCACCUCCAAGAAGAAAAAAUGAAGGCAGAGAAACAGCUGAGAGAGUGUCAUGUGCUAUUAGUGUCAGCUCACAUCGACCCAGUGUUGGGAGAACGAGAGGCUGCUCAUCAUGCUGAAGAGCAGAGAAAAGAAGUCAUGAGCGCAUCGACUGACCUCCUGCAGAAUCUGAAGACUUUUUCUGAUUUUUCCUCAGAGCAAUGCUGCCAAUUGCAGGACAUCCAGGGCCCGCUGUGUGCACUCACAACAGCCCAGCAGCAGAUGGAGCAGGAGAGCGUAAGCUUUGCUUUAGAGGCUGCUCAACUGGAGCAGGCUCUAAUUGAAGCUGAGGCUCUGCUUUUGUAA